CCUUUCGACAGUCGUCUCCCGUGCUCCGAUCCGGUCACUACACACGUCGACGCCUGAUUCGCGACGGUCAGUCUUUUCUAGCACCAGAAAAGGAAUUCGGCGGUGAUCCUCCCACGGACCGUGCCGACUAGCACACGCACGGCUACCAAGGCCGAAAUAGAGACAAAAGAGAUGCAGUGCUGAAAUUGCGAACGUAAUAGAAUAGGAAGAAAGCUUUGGAAUUUUCAUCUUCGGACAACGAAAAAAAGAAAGAAAGAACGAACAAUUUGCAAAUUCGCGUGAGCGAAUCGUACAUCGCCGUCGUUGUCGUCGAGUAGCCUGUGUUUGGUAACCAGCAAGUCGCCUUCCUCAGCGAGCUGUGUGAAUCACGAGAGUGAAAAAAAAACAGUCGACAUUUUUUUCAAGUUUAAAUUUUCACUUGCGGCUUGUGAUAGCAGCAGUGAGUGAAUCGAGCGGAACAGUGCGUGAUUAAAGAGGAGCUGAUAUAGCCACCGAUAUUUGAUUGGCCCUUCAAGGCCUACCUGCCAAAAGUGGAGCAGAAGCAGAUUUUUCACCCUCCACCAUUCCCUCGGCAGAGCAGCAGCUGUGUGUACUAUGAUCGUUCUAAAUUCAGACAGAAUUAUACUGCGCAACCCCAGGGAACUCGAAGCAGUCUAAUAUGCAUGUGAAAUCAGCAUAUUCGACUAGUGGCAGUAGUUACAUCUCUCCGUCAUCAUACCGCUACAGAUCCAGCCUAAGCGAUCGGACGAGUUACACCAAUAGUAGCACCACUAGCAGUAACAUCUAUCGGCGAAGUUUUCGCUAUGAUCUACCGUCUUCUUCGUCAGCAUAUUCAUCGUACCGAUCGGACCGUGCAGCAGAUACAGAUCUAUCGACCUCACUGUCAGCGCUUAGUACCAAAGAUUCGGCUGUAAGCUCUGGUAGCACACCAUCAACUACAGUUAACAGUAAAGACACCUUCAGCAGACCCAGUCGUUACUCGACAGCUUAUAGUUAUAGUUCAUCAAGUCAAGUACCCGCCAGAGAUUACAGCAGUUCACGCAUCACUUCACGUUCGUCGGAUACACGACCAAAAGAUCGGGACAAUAAUUAUCUGUGCACCGGUGGUGCUGGAUCUUCCUCCAGUUAUAUCUCAAAUCUACGAAGUACCGCUCUUAGCGGUGCCGAAAUUUACCAAAAGUAUAGCAUCUCGACCUACAAGCCAAACAGUUUUGAAUCUCGGAUUGCUGCUACCCGAACGCAACCGGAUACUUCAACGGCUGCGUUGGACGUUAGCAAGGUAAACAACACCGUUAAGGAUAGAAACAGUAACAUUGACGCUGGCGUCGUCGUCAGCAAUAACAAUAAACACACUAACACCAGUGAAGGCAUUCCCAGUGUUGCUAACACCCCUCAACUAGCAUCUAACUGUAAGCUCGCGUCAACUAACAAUACCAGCACUAAGUCAAACGCAGCAUGUUCACUCAACGUCCGUUCCGAGACGCCCGCUAAACGCAAUUGCAUUACUGGUACUACAGUUGUUACUACUACCACUACUACAAUUACUACCACUACCUCCUCUACAUCCGUGUUACUGUCAUCAUCGUCAUCAUCUUCGGUGCUGUACGAAUCGACGGCCGCUAGUCUUGAAACUGCCCGACUGCGCAAACCAGCUGCAGACCUCGCAAAGCUCAAAGCGUCAAGAACCGAAUUCGGCUAUCCGUUGAAUAAACUGCGAUCCGCCGGUAAACCUCCCAUACCGAGAACCGCAUUUACUAGCGGUAGCUCUAGCGAUCUGUCCUCUACUACCAACGGGCGCAAAGAGGUGCUGGGACUGUCGGCCUAUCGAAAUCAAAACUUCCUUAAAAACGAGUGCGAUCUGGUUAAACGCGAACUCAGUAAAAGUGCCACAGAACUUCCAUUCAAACAGGGGGGCUCUUACCAAACGGCCAUCAAGUCUAACGGAAUUGGUUCGGCAACAAGUCGCGUGGGUGCCAGCGUGGACGAUUCGAAGACGUCCAGCAGUAGCUACCAAACAAAACUGGAAGUUCCUAAAGUGAGACAGUUUUUACCACCAGUUCCCAAUUUCAAAUCUGGUCAGCCCAAAGAUCAUGAGGAUGAUGACAAAAAAAAUCACCAACAUCAAAACCACAUCCAGAUCACCACUACUACCACUAGUGACAGUUCACAAGUACCUAGCGCACGGCAGCCCACUACCAACAACUCUACCAGUAGUAGUACUUCAGGUGUGGAACUAAAACACAUCGACCAACGGCCGACGUUAUCAAACAUUCUUCAGUGUACUCAAAGAAAUGAAACUUCUCUUUUCAAACCAUUUCUAUCAUCUUCGAAAACCACGACACGGACAACGAUCACCACUUCUACAACUACAACAAUCACAGAGUCGCUAACAACUAUCUGUUCGUCACCACCAUCAUCAACCAGUAGCACAGCCUAUACUUAUUCUACCAAUUCUCGUUCCGCCAACGUCAACGCUAUGAAAUCGCUACACAUUACUUCCGAACUGGAGGAACCCGUUGCGCAGGCCACCAUCAAACUGCGAUCGUCACUGAACGGAACUAGCAAUGGCGGCACGGGUUAUGGUAGCCGCUGUAUAGCAACUGCUUCGGCUACCACGGACGACAUUGCUGAGUUCGAUUAUCACAACGUUACCGCUACGAUACGAAUUAAACCAAAGUCUAGUAUAAAUCACAGCACAAGUAGUAGUAGCAGUAGCAGCACCACCAGCAUAAACAACAUCAACAACAAUGCAAAUGAUGGUGAUUCGAAUAACAGCAGCAGCGACGAACAUGAAACUUCCAACGGAAUCGUUCGUAAUAAUAACAACUGUUUAGAUAACGGAGUCAACGACGGAGGCGGAGAGGACGUCGAUGAAGUGCCAUCGCCAGCAGCAACCGUAACCAUCAACUCAGCGGAUAAGGAACCGAAAGCGUUCGAUGAUGAUAAAAAAGUUUCUUAUCUACGUGCUGGCACAGCGUCCAAGAGCAUCCAUUCGACCAGUCCGGUCGGUUAUCGGAGCCGUGAGUGCGACUCUGGCCUGAGCAGUUACCGUUCCGGACUAGGUAUCGCAGCUCCAUCGUUAGCAGUACAAAAAUCCAGUUACAAUGAUCGAACGAACGGCGAGGAGUCUAGCGAAACUCUCGCUCGUGGUGGUAGCCGAAAGGAGGGUACGUUAUCUGUAGCGUCUACGCAAAGCAUUCAGUCUGACCAUGUGCCCCCUCACACAGGUCUCUGCGGUCUAUACAAUAUCGGCAACACCUGCUUUAUGAACUCUGUGAUACAGUGCCUAAGCCAUACCCGGGAGCUCACGAACUUCCUCCGGACGCAGUCGGCGGUCGAGCGAGGAACGGUCAAAGAUCACAAGAUUCUAGCCGAGUACAUCAAACUAAUCAAAGACAUGUGGAACGGGAUCAACCGUAGCGUGAACCCCUCGGAACUGAAGUACGCCUUCUCCAGCAAGCAUCGGAUGUACUCUGGAUCGGCACAGCAGGAUGCUCAGGAGUUUCUACGGUUCUUCAUCGAUUCGCUGCACAGUGCGCUGAACGUUUCCAUCAAACGGGAACCCAUUUCCAGUGCGAUCGAGGAUGACGAUUUGAAUAAUCGCAUCAAAGCCGACAUGAUGUGGGAGUGGUAUUCUAAGGUGGAAAAUUCUGUUAUCAAAGACCUGUUCGUCGGGUUGCUGCGUAGUACUCUGAAGUGUACGGUGUGCAACGGUUGUAGCGUGACAUUCGAUCCCUUCUGGGAUCUCAGUUUACCGCUUCCAUCCACCAACUCACGCUGCAAGCUGGAGAACUGUCUGGACAUGUUCGUUAAGGAGGAGGUUAUGGACGGAAUUGAUCAACCGACCUGCUCCAGAUGCAAGACGCGGAGGAAAUGCACGAAAAGCCUUACCAUCGAACGGUUCCCCAAAUAUCUGGUGAUACAUUUGAAACGCUUCUCGGAGACCCGGUGGAGUAAAUUAACCAAUGUGAUUGAGUUCCCAACCGGUGAACGCGAGCUAAACCUGCAGCCUUACGCUUCCGAAGACAAUACGGGACCGGUGUACUACUCGCUGUAUGGCAUCUCGAACCAUAUGGGAUCCACUGCUGGCGGUCACUACGUUGCUGUUUGCAAGCAUCCGGUCAGCAAAGAGUGGCAUGAGUUCAAUGAUAACUUUGUAAGUGACGCGUCCGAGAGAAGUUUGGUGACAUCCAGUGCCUAUGUAUUAUUCUACGAGCGAGCGUGAAUUGUCUGAACAUUGAUAGCUCGAGGGAUGCGAGAGAAAGUUAACUAGUGGUUCUUUACUCUGAAUUCACACGCGAGGAAUGAUUAGUAGAUAGCUGAAACGUGCGAAAAUUGCGAGGAGUUGUUACAGUAUGUCUGAUUCCUGAUGGAUGUGAAUAAUGAUUCGCACAGAAACGUAAACGAUGAGUUGGUCUUUUGUAAACUAUGGGAAGGUUCUGUAACAAUCAAUAAGUCUCUCGUGAAAAUAGAGAUACUCAACCAACUAGUGUUGCGUCCAAUAAGCCUGUGCAACACUGAACCGCGCAUGGAACAUGAUCAACUGUAACAACCCAGCAGCAGAACUAGCACCGUAUGCAAGGAGACUAAUGCCGUUUUUGUUUGACCCCAAAACUAAAGAAGCUGAACCCCUAUCCAAUUUGUUACGUACUAUAAUGGCAGCCAACAUUGCCCUGUUCGUGCUCAGACCCCAUAUUUUGACAAUAGUCAUUUAUGUCACCUACCCGGUAAGAGGAAGUCGUCCUACGUGAGUCCAAUGCGUUUACCAUUUAUUCAAUAAAUGUUAAACAUUCAUAACUGGACGUAGCUGUUACGCUGACGUAAACAACUACUGUCAGAAUAGGGACUGCUUGAAAAUUACGAACGACAUAAAAAUGACCGCCAUUAUGGCAGGUAAAAAGCUGGAUAUAAAGCUCGACAACUACAUCUUUCGUUUUCCAAUGCUUCUCUCAAUGUUAACAACAUUCAAAUCCCUCGAAUCCAUAGUUCUUCUAUACAUAUUGUCUCCUCAAGCAGGCCUUGCUUUAGUCUGCAAAGUCGAAUGAUUCUAGUAUUCGGAUUGGAAUGACACUGAUAGAUAAAUUGUAAACAAAAAAUGGAGAUGGUGAAUCCUUCUUAUACGGAGAUUCAGCGUCUUUACCCGAAACUGAGUCAGUUCAUACAUUUUGACAGCAGCUAGGGUUAGAAGCUGACUUAAUUUCGGCUCAAAACAGGAACCUCAUUAAUAAGACAAGAUUGCAUUAGUUUCGCUACCAAUUAAGUGCGUGGUGGGUGUAAGGAAUCACCUGUCCUAUAGCUGACAAUUCGUGUGCAUAUUGAUAAGAUCAAGAUCAAAAUAUGAACAAUAGUCGAAACUCAACAAUGUAACGAAAAAAGAUUAUUAGCUGAAGAAGAGAUACCCCAACUGAUCGCAGGAAUAGCUGAUCGGAAAUGACAGAGGAUUAGAUUUGUAAUAUUUAUUUUGCUAUUUAUUCUAGAGGGAAACACAGAACAAUAUUUAUACGUAGAGUGUAACGUGUUGAGAUGAUAACCAAAAUCUUAGUUGUUGACCAUAUUUGUUUUCAAUGGGCUAAAUGCUACUUUUAAACUAAAAUUACUGCAACUGAUGUGUUGGGAUGGACACGAAAUGACGCAAAUUGUUAAUAAAAUUUAUUUUGUAGAUCUUUCAAACAUACCUUUUCUAGCAACUGAUUCUCGGGAUGGUAAAUGGAAUCUAAUUCCCGUCUAAAUCAAACUACUUACUAUAGCUCGAGUGAGCUGAUGGAACGAAGAAAAAAACAUUCGGCAAUGAUUUUUAGUAGACAUGCUAGAUACUAAACAAACUCACGGAGAAAACAGCGCCUCUCCCGUCCCAAUUAACCAUUGUUGCGUUGUGUUGAAAUUAAUAAAUCGACAGAAACACCAAAAAAA